AUGUGUCUCGACCAUCAGUUGCUCUUCCUUUUCGCCACGUGCAGUCUUUAUCCAUCCGACCACGCCAACCUAACCUGCCCGAGGUCGCAUUUAGCUGCUUUCCCCGUCCACCCGUUCACCAUCAACACCAGUUGUAUUCGUAUCUCAUUCGCCUCUCUCCGCCAGUUCAUCUGCAAAUUCGCCCCUGGUUCUAUCUGCCACUGCCAGCAGUCCCAAGACGGUGCAUUUGGCUGCCGCUCUCCCGCUGUCCGCUACAUUGCUUACGGUACAGCUCCUCAUUUGCCCUCGCCUGCAUCGAACCGCAUAGCCUGGGCUCGAAUCAGGAACCGACCUGCACCAGACAGUUGGUCAUUCAGCCAGGGCGCAGUUUCCAGCCCAGCGAAUGACGCACACUCCUGCCACCGCUCUGUCAUCGUCAGAAAUCGAAUCACCUUGUACCAGCAGCCCGUGUUCGGGGGUCUCGUGGCAUCCUCCUACUUGACCGCCCGACCCAGUCUAAAGCUUGCCCCGCUAGUGGGCCUGUCCGAAAUCGACUUUCCGAAUCGCUUCACUUCCGAGUCGAGGGGCCGUCCGAUGCCAUCAAUCGCCCAGAGCACCGAAUCUGCACCGUCGAAUCCCAAGGAGAGAGGCGUACGCAGUGAGCGAUCGCCGCUGCUCUCCUCCAACAACGACGAUGAAGGCUACUUUGAUCAUCAUGCGGUACUGGCAGCGCAGCAGGAAGAUACACAGCAAACCAAGAGCGUAUGGUACCUGAUUCUCCUGACCAUUAGUAUCGGUGGUUUGCAAAUCGCCUGGUCUGUCGAGUUGUCCAAUGGGUCUCCCUAUUUGCUAUCCCUUGGAUUGAGCAAGUCGCUGAUGGCCCUGGUGUGGAUUGCUGGCCCGCUUACCGGCACCUUGGUUCAGCCCUAUGUCGGUAUGCUCAGCGACAAUUGCCGACUCUCGUGGGGCAAGCGGAAACCCUUCAUGGUUGGCGGGGCUAUCGCGACUAUCAUCUCUCUAAUGUUCCUGGCAUGGACUAGAGAAAUUGUAGGUGGUAUCAUGAGCCUCUUUGGCGCUGAUGUCGAAUCUGUCGCCGUCAAGAACACCAUUAUUUGUGUGGCCGUGGUGGGCAUUUACGUCCUCGAUUUCGCCAUCAACACCGUGCAGGCUUCUAUUCGAGCUUUCAUCGUGGACUGUGCUCCGGCUCACCAGCAAGAAGCUGCCAACGCCAUGGCGAGUCGCAUCACCGGUUUCGGAAACAUUGUCGGCUACAUUGCUGGCUACAUCAACCUCCCUACGUACCUUUGGUUUCUGGGUGACAGCCAGUUCAAGGUGCUAUGCGCCAUCGCCAGCAUUGCCCUUGCGGCGACUAUUGCAGUGAGCACCACGUUGAUCAAGGAGCGCGACCCUCGACUGGAAGGCCCGCCAGCUUCGGGCAAGCCUGGUGUAUUCUCCUUCUUCGGCAAAAUCUUUAAAUCAAUCAAGCGUCUGCCGCCUCAGAUCAGGAGGGUUUGCCAAGUCCAAUUAUGCGCAUGGGUCGGCUUUUUCCCGCUUCUUUUCUACACCUCCUCGUAUAUUGGUGAGAUUUAUGUUGAGCCGUACCUGGAGGCUAACCCCCACAUGACGCCGGAGGAACUCGAUCAGCUAUACGAAAGAGCAACUCGUAUCGGAACCUUUGCUCUGCUCAUCAAUUCCGUCGUCAGCUUGCUUACGAACGUCUUUCUCCCCUUUUUCGUCGCACCCACCUACGACAGUCAACCACUUGGUGAUCUCCCAGGAGACAGUGACAGUGGAGAGUUCGGUGAUGAAAAGGCGUCUUGGUUGGAUCGCCUGCAGAUCCCCGGGUUCACCCUAAAGCGGGCUUGGUUUGCAUCUCUGAUUCUCUUCUCGGGCGCCAUGUUCUGCACCGUCAUUGUUCGUACGGUAGAAGCAGCCACGGCCUUGAUCGGUUUGGUCGGAAUUACCUGGGCAAUGACACUUUGGGCACCCUGGGCCAUCAUCAGCGCUGAGAUCAGCCGGAGGGAUGCAAAGAUUCGCCAGAGAAAGCAACGGCAAUUCAGCCCCAGCAGAGGCGAUGGCCCGGCGUCGCCCUCCACCGUCGACUCUACCGCCGACUCAGACCAGACCGAUUUGAGCGACAGUGAGGAGGCAGACCAGGCCGGCGUCAUUUUGGGCAUUCACAACAUGGCCAUCGCUGCGCCCCAAAUCAUUGCCACCGUCGGAUCCAGCAUCAUCUUCAGAAUUUGGCAGAAGCCUCGCGGUACUCCAGGCGAUCACUCCAUCGCUAUCGUAUUGGCCCUCGGCGGUAUCGCUGUGCUUAUCUCUUCCUUCUUCGUUGCGAGCAUCAAGGAAAGCGCCUCCUUGCCAGCAGACGCCAUGGUCGCGGCCGAGGAGGGUGAUCCUGCCACUCCCGGAAUCCGUCCCGGCACGGGUCGCAGCCGCAAUAAGAGCUACGAGCAUCUCCCGCGAGCCAGUAUCAAGCGUGCGACCCUCACAAGGAACAAGAGUUUUGGUGGUGCCGAGUAUUAA